AUGGGCGGCUUGCUAGCUUCCGACGCGUGUUGCAUCUUCCCACUGGCCCUGAGAGGUGACCAGGGCAGAGGAGCCUGGCUGGGCGCCCUGGCCCCAGCCUUCCCGUCCUAUGAUGGCGGGAGCGUGGGAGGGCGUCCGGGCAGCCCGCGGCCACAUAUCUGUGGCCUCCCAGCUUUCUUGCCCUCACAGGUCCAUGGAUACAAAGGAGUCAAGUUCCAGAACUGGGCUAGGACCUAUGGCUGUUGUCCAGAAAUAUACUAUCAGCCCACAUCCGUGGAGGAGGUCAGAGAGGUGCUGGCCCUGGCCAGGCAGCAGAACAAGCGGGUGAAGGUGGUGGGCGGUGGCCACUCGCCCUCCGACAUCGCCUGCACCGAUGGCUUCAUGAUCCACAUGGGCAAGAUGAACCGGGUUCUCCAGGUGGACACAGAGAAGAAGCAGGUGACUGUGGAGGCUGGCAUCCUCCUGGCUGACCUGCACCCACAGCUGGGCAAGCACGGCCUGGCCUUGUCCAACCUGGGAGCUGUGUCAGACGUGACCGCAGGGGGUGUCAUCGGGUCCGGAACGCACAACACAGGGAUCAAACAUGGCAUCCUGGCCACCCAGGUGGUGGCGCUGACCCUGCUGACGGCCGACGGGACCAUUCUUGAGUGCUCCGAGUCCAGCAACGCAGAGGUGUUCCAGGCGGCGAGGGUGCACCUGGGCUGCCUGGGAGUGAUCCUCACCGUCACCCUGCAGUGUGUGCCCCAGUUCCACUUGCAGGAGAUCUCCUUCCCCUCAACCCUGGAAGAGGUUCUUAACAACCUGGACAGCCACCUGAAGAAAUCUGAAUAUUUUCGCUUCCUGUGGUUCCCGCACAGCGAGAACGUCAGCGUCAUCUACCAGGACCACACCAACAAGCCCCCCUCCUCUUCUGCCAGCUGGUUUUGGGACUAUGCCAUCGGAUUCUAUUUACUGGAGUUCCUGCUCUGGGUCAGCUCCUUCCUGCCGGGCCUCGUGGGCUGGAUCAAUCGCUGCUUCUUCUGGCUCCUGUUCACCAGGAAAAAGGAGAGCAGCAACCUCAGCUACAAGAUCUUCAGCUACGAGUGCCGUUUCAAGCAGCACGUCCAGGACUGGGCCAUCCCCAGAGAGAAGACCAAGGAGGCCUUGCUGGAACUGAAGGCCAUGCUGGAGGCCCACCCCAAGAUGGUGGCCCACUACCCCGUGGAGGUCCGCUUCACCCGCGGGGAUGACAUCCUGCUAAGCCCCUGCUUCCAGAGGGACAGCUGCUACAUGAACAUCAUCAUGUACAGGCCCUAUGGCAAGGACGUGCCCCGGCUGGACUACUGGCUGACCUACGAGACCAUCAUGAAGAAGGUCGGGGGCAGGCCCCACUGGGCCAAGGCCCACAACUGCACCCGGAAGGACUUUGAGAAAAUGUACCCAGCCUUUUCGAAGUUCUGUGCCAUCCGAGAGAAGCUGGACCCCACCGGGAUGUUCCUAAAUGCGUAUCUGGAGAAGGUGUUCUACUGAAGCAGAAAUGGGCCCACCCCAUCUCAUCCCUCAGGCCCACCUCCAGUGAGGCUGAAGGCUCAACGUCCCACGGGCCUGGAGGGGAGCAGACCUCUCUCUGCGGGCCCUCUGCGGCCGACCAACCCCCAGCCAUGAGCCUGGAUCUGCGCAGGGCUCCUUGUUUUCCUAAUUUCUAUAUCUUCACAACAACCCCACGCAAAGAGCACCCAAGUUUCCAUGGACUUCAUUUAUAUGCGGCAGUCCCUUUUCCUGAACCUACAGUCACCACAUUCUGUUUUCCCAGAAAAUAGAGAAACCCCAAAAUGUUACGCUUAAGAGGUUGGGGAUUCAGUCAUUCACGGGUUCCGCCUUCCAGCUAGGGGUCUGUGACUCCCGGGCCCCUAAUAACAUGUGUUUGGGCACAGUUGUCGUGUGUACUUCCUCCUACACCUUUGAGGGUUUCUCAAGUGCUCUGGGGCUGCCCUCUUCCAGUUUCUGUCUGUCCACCUGACUUCCAUCACCUGACCUUCAAACGUCUAUUUCAGGGGAUGUGUGGGGAGUGGGCCUACUCCUCGCCUUCUUUAAA